CCGCCCCCUCCGCCAGGCUUCCUUCUGCAACAGGCGUGGGUCACGCUCUCGCUCGCUCUCUUUCUGCCGCCAUCUUGGUUCCGCGUUCCCCGCACAGCCUCCUUUUUAUUCCCUUCCUUCAGAAAUGCCCGGUGAAGCCACAGAAACCGUUCCUGCUACAGAGCAGGAGUUGCCACAGCCCCAGGCUGAGACAGCUGUGCUUCCUGUGUCUUCAGCCUUAAGUGUCACUGCUGCUUUAGGGCAGCCUAAACCUACCCCUACCUCUCCUUGCUCCUUGGCCCCCCAACAAUGUCCUCUGGCAACCCCUAACCAGCCUUCCCCAUGCCUUUCUUCCUCCACUAUUGCCUCAACCCCUUUUGAAGGUCCUUUUCCCCAGUUGUCCACUGGGACAGCCUCUCCCUCCACUGACACCCCUGUUUUCCUUCCAAACUUAAUAGGGCCGCCCAUCUCCCCAGCUGCCUUAGCUCUGGCCUCUCCCAUGAUAAAUCCAACUCUGAAAGGUGUUCAUUUGUCUUCCACUCCCUUGGCUCUGGUGGCCUUGGCUCCCCACUCAAUUCAGAAGAGCUCUGGCCAUUUACCUAAAACUUUUAGUUCACCUCCUUCAGUUCCUGUGGCCGAGUCAGGAUCAGUGACGUCUCUAUCGGCUGCAGUUGCUUCCUCGGAACUAAAGACCUCUGUUAUUCAAGCUCCCUCUCAAGAAGUCCCUAAUCCAAAAGGAACCCCCAGCCCUCCAGGUAUAGUCAGUGCCAGUCCUUCCCAUCUUGUAACUCCUUUGGCCUCUGUUCAGUCUGGAAUGGUUUCAUGUCCUCAGACACCACCUUCCACUCCCAUAGCCAUCCCGUCCCCUCAGGUUACAGGCAUCCCUAUUUCCUCAGCUCUCACUUCUCCAGAAAACCCUCUAAGCCUCAGCCUAAAGGGACCCCGUAGUCCACCUGCUGCCUUACCUCUUUCAACUCAGUCUAUUCCUAUGGUUCCUGAUGUCCCCCCAGUUUUCCUCACUUCUCUGGGCUCUCAUCUUGCACCUUUAUGUCAGAGUUCUCUUGUUUCUCAUGUCCAAGCUUUAGGUCAAACAGACCCUAAUAUUCUGUCAGAUCCUACUGAGGAUAUUGUUUCUGUGGAUCAUUUUUCUACAGGUGCUUCUUACCCUUCUCAGAGAUCUGUAAUUCCUCCCCUUCAUUCCAGAAAUGAGGUGGUUCCUGCUGCUAUGGCUACUUUUCCAGUGGAGGCCCCAGCUUCCCCUCUGGCUCUGUCUGUUGACAAAGGCUCCUCUAUCAGUGACCUAGCCUCCUGUAGUCCUUCUGACUCCUCACAUGUGGCUGCCUCUUCAUUGUCUCCUUCAGCUUCUGUCAUUCUCAAAGCUUCUGGUGCUACUCAGCAGCCUUUGCUGGCCCAGACUCCUGCUGCUUCUUCAGGGAGUACAGGCUUGAAAGAAGCUCCUGUUUCUUCUGUUGGAAACACCCCACCUGUAAUGACUAACCCCUCUGCAAUUUCUACAACACCCAUUACCUUUGAGGUAGCUUAUGUCUCUCCAGUUUCAUCAGAUCUCAUAAGCAGUAAGGACUCAGGUUCCCAAACUGCCUUGAUUAUGGCGCCUGUGGCUCCCAAAGAGCUUCCUACUCUUCAAGUAACCACCACUCUAGGGAUACCAGUCUCUCCACCUAUGUCAGCCCCUGAGCACCCAAAAAGUGUCCCCAUUUCACCAGCUCUGACAGCUCCUAAAAAUCUCCCCUCUUUGCAGAAUACAUCAUCUUCUCUGGAGAUAGCUCUUUCUCCUGAAGCCACUUUAGAAAAGAAAAGCUUUGUAGAGCCUCUCCCAGUAGUUAAGACAGCCAGUACUGCUCCCUCCUCUCUGGGUGUUAACUCCCCAACCUCUAUAAUCAAGACAGAUUCUUAUUCAAGCCCAGACCCAACUAGUCUGCUUCUCAAAAGUUCGCUCACUACCCCAGCUGUAGCUACAUUUCCUUUGGAAGGUACUGCCUCUGAGGAGAUGGCCCCUACAACUGUCCAUGUUACCUCCACUCCUCCACCUACGGCCAGCGCUUUUCUAGAAGGGGUUGUCUCUUUAGCUCUUAAAAGCCACCCACCCAAGCAGGGUACUUCCACUCUUAAUACUUUACCAUUGAUCCCUCCAACCUCUGAAAGUUGCCCUGUGACUUUAUCUCCCCAUAGUGUUUCUGCUUCUCCAGAUACUAUGGCACAGGUCCCUGAAAUUCCCAAGUCUGAGUCCUUUCUCCCUCUUCCUCCAGCUGGUACUCUUCAAGGUACAAAGAAAGUUCAUAGUAUUUCUCAGUUGGCACCUGUGGCUUCCUCUCCUGAAGGGUACCCAGCUGAGGACUCUAGUACUUCUGUUACUGUGUCUUCCAAAGGAACUUACCUAGCUGACUCUCCAUCUCCUUCAGGGACUAGUGUGUCUCCUCAAACUAAAAGACCUCCAACCAAGAAGGGUUCAGCUGCUUCUACCCUAAGUGUUACUCCUUCUGUUUCUAAAAGUGUACCUGCUAUCCCUGAUAAUGCUGCUGGAAAUCUAUCGUUCCCUAUUUCUCCAGUUGAGGCUUCCUCUCUUCCAGAAGCCAAUCUUCCCUUUCCUGUCCCUGAAGGAUCAUUAGCCAAGAAGCAUACCCCUACUCCUCCAUCUUCAAAAGGAGCCCCAGAUAACCCAUCCCCCAAAGACACUCCCAAUUCCCCACAUGUGGCUCCUCCUUCCCCUAGAGGGGAGCUGGCAACCCCAUCUCCUAAAGAGAUCCCCACUCCUCCAGGUAUGUCUCCUUCCUCCCCCAAAGGAAGCCCAGCAACUCCAUCUCCCAAAAAGGCCCCCACUCCUUCAGCUGUGGCUCCUCCCUCUCCCAAAGGUGGGCCAACAAGCCCACCCCAAGACACCCCUGCUCCUCCAGCUAUGACUCCUUCCUCCCCCAAAGGAGCCACAGCUGCCCCACCUCCUAAAGGAGCCACUACUUCCCCCAAAGGGAGCCCAGCAACUCCAUCUCCCAAAAGAGCCUCAGCUACCCCAUCUCCCAAAGGGGACCCAGCAACUCCAUCUCCCAAAAGAGACCCUACUCCCCCAGCUGUGGCUCCUCCCUCUCCAAAAGGGGGCCCAGUGACUCCAUCUCCCAAAAAAGCUCCAGCUACCCCACCUCCUAAACAAGAUCCCACUGCCCCGGCUGUGGCUCAUCUUUCCCCCAAAGGGGGCCCCACUCCCCCAGCUAUGGCUCCUUCCUCUGCAAGAGGGGGCCCAGUGGCUCCAGCUUCCCCACCUCCUAAAAGAGAUCCCACUCCUCCAGCAGUGGUUCCUCCCUCUCCAAAAGGGGGCCCAGCAACUCAAUCUCCCAAAAAAGCUCCAGCUUCCCCACCUCCUAAAAGAGAUCCCACUCCUCCAGCAGUGGUUCCUCCCUCUCCAAAAGGGGGCCCAGCAACUCAAUCUCCCAAAAAAGCUCCAGCUACCCCACCUCCUAAAAGAGACCCCACUCCUCCAGCUGUGGCUCCUCCCUCACCCAAAGCAGUCCCAGCAACUCCACUCAAAGGAGCUUCCACUCCCCCAGAUGUGGCUCCUCCCUCUCCAAAAGGGGGCCCAGCAACUCCAUCUCCCAAAAAAGCUCCAGCUAUCCCCCCUCCUAAAAGAGACCCCACUCCCCUGGCUGUGGCUCCUCCCUCUCCAAAAGGGGGCCCAGCAACUCCAUCUCCCAAAAAAGCUUCACCUCCCCCACCUAAAAGAGACCCCACUCCUCCAACUAUGGCUUCUCCUCCAAAAGGGGCCCCAGUGACUCCAUCUCCUAAAAAAACUCCAGCUACCCCACCUCCUAAAAAAGACCCCACUGCCCCGGGUGUGGCUCCUCCCUCUCCCAAAGAGGCCCCAGCAACUCCACUCAGAGGAGCCUCCACUCCCCCAGAUGUGGCUCCUCCCUCUCCAAAAGGGGGCCCAGCAACUCCAUCUCCCAAAAAAGCUUCAGCUACGCGCCCUCCUAAAAGAGACUCCACUCCCCUGGCUGUGGCUCCUCCGUCACCCAAAGAGGCCCCAGCAACUCCACUCAAAGGAGCCUCCACUCCCCUGGCUGUGGCUCCUCCCUCACCCAGAGAGGCCCCAGCAACUCCACUCAAAGGAGCCUCCACUCCCCCAGAUGUGGCUCCUUCCUCUCCAAAAGGGGGCCCAGCAACUCCAUCUCCCAAAAGAGCCCCAGCUAUCCCAUCUCCCAAAGGAGACCUUAUUCCCCUAUCUGUGGCCCUUCCCUCCCCCAAAACAGCUUCAACAUUUCUUUCCCCCAAAGAGACCCCCAUUCCCUCAGCUGUGGCUCCUCCCUCCCCCAAGAGCGCCUCAGCAAGCCCAACCCCCAAAGGAGCCCCCGCUACCCCAUCCCCCAAAAGGGGCCCAGCCACUUCAUCCUCCAAGGGGGCUCCCAUUCCCCCAGCUGUGACUCCUCCCUCCCCCAAAGAGGCCCCUACUUCCCCAGUUUCAGUCACAUGUCCCUUGGGGUCCACUGCUCCUCAGGCAUCUAAAGAGCUCCCAGUAAAGAAAGGCCUAACAACUCUCAAACCAGCACUUGAUGCCCCGGCUCCAGAAGGUACACCAGUCACCACAGCUCCCGUUCAGAAAGGUCCACCAGCCAAGAAGAGUUCUGCUAUUUCACCUAUGGGCCCAGAUCCCUCAGCUCAGAAUGGCACUAAAGGACCCCUUUCUGCAGUGGCUCCAGCUCCUCUACUGACAGCCUCUACUCAGAAAGGUUCCUCUCCAAAGACUACAAAAGCCCUUCCUAUUUCUCCCUUAAAAGGCAAAGAUUCUUUCCAUUCCCCAAGGGGCCCCAUGGCUCUUCCUUCUGAAUCUGCAACAUUGACCCCUUCAGCAACAACUGCCUUCUCCGAGAAGGUCCUUCCUAAAGCUGGAUCAGCAUCUGACUCUCCAGCACCUAUCCCAUCAGUAUCUCCGCCUCUUGCUCCCUCCCCAGCUCCCCCUCUGCUUCCUAAACAGCAAUUUCCGAUGUCCUCACCUGGGCUGGUGCUGGAAUCACCCUGUAAGCCCUCAGCCCCCGCUGAUGAGGAUGAGCUGCCGCCUCUGAUCCCCCCGGAACCAAUCUUGGGGGGAGUGCCUUUCCAGCCGGUCCUCGUCAACAUGCCCACUCCCAAACCUGCUGGGAUCCCUGCCCCAACCCCCUCUGCCAAGCAGCCUGUUCUGAAGAACAAUAAGGGGUCUGGAACAGAAUCUGACAGCGAUGAAUCAGUACCAGAGCUUGAAGAACAGGAUUCUACACAGGCAACUACACAACAAGCCCAACUGGCAGCAGCAGCUGAAAUUGAUGAAGAACCAGUCAGUAAAGCAAAACAGAGCCGGAGUGAAAAGAAGGCCCGGAAGGCUAUGUCCAAACUGGGUCUUCGGCAGGUUACAGGGGUUACUAGAGUUACUAUCCGGAAAUCUAAGAAUAUCCUUUUUGUCAUCACGAAACCAGAUGUCUACAAGAGCCCAGCUUCAGAUACCUACAUAGUUUUUGGGGAAGCCAAGAUCGAGGACUUAUCUCAGCAAGCACAGUUAGCCGCUGCUGAGAAAUUCAAAGUUCAAGGUGAAGCUGUCUCAAACAUUCAAGAAAACACACAGACUCCAACUGUACAAGAGGAGAGUGAAGAGGAAGAGGUUGAUGAAACAGGUGUGGAAGUUAAGGACAUAGAAUUGGUCAUGUCACAAGCAAAUGUGUCGAGAGCAAAGGCAGUCCGAGCCCUGAAGAACAACAGUAAUGAUAUUGUAAAUGCUAUUAUGGAAUUAACAAUGUAACCAUCUGAAAAGAGGACCCUUUUUUUGGUGUUUCAAAAGAGUAAUAACUGCAGCUUGGUUUGAAAUUUGUACUGUUUCUAUCAUUAAUAAAGUUAUGGCUUCUUGUUGGAUGAA